AAGACGAAGGAGGGUGCAUGGAGGGUUCAAGGCCUGUGAAGCCAGAGUCGUCAGCCUGCCUCUGGUUGGGGCUGGUCUCUGUGGCUGUAGCCUUCCUUUGUACAGAGGCCCGGACGACUCCGAGCCCUGAGCUCAGCCCCAGCAAUGCGACCUGCGAGGGGAACUCCAAGUGUCAUGCGGGGAUCAUCCUGCCCAUAUGGUAUCCAGAGGAUCCUUCCAUGGGAGACAAGAUCGCACGGGUCAUUGUGUAUUUUGUGGCCCUGAUCUACAUGUUUCUCGGAGUGUCCAUCAUUGCUGACCGCUUCAUGGCGGCCAUUGAAGUGAUCACCUCCCAGGAGAGGGAAAUUGUCAUCAAAAGGCCCAAUGGGGAAACGACGACCACCACAAUCCGGGUGUGGAAUGAAACGGUCUCCAACCUCACCCUCAUGGCCUUAGGCUCGUCUGCCCCUGAGAUUAUGCUUUCUGUAAUUGAGGUUUGUGGACAUGAGUUCAAAUCUGGUGAGCUCGGGCCCUCCACAAUUGUUGGCAGCGCAGCCUUCAAUAUGUUUGUCAUCAUUGGCCUCUGUGUGUCUGUCAUUCCCCAAGGAGAGGUACGCAAGGUCAAACACCUCAGAGUGUUCUUUGUCACUGCGGGCUGGAGCAUCUUUGCUUACAUUUGGCUCUACAUGAUCCUGGCUGUGUUUUCUCCCAACGUAGUCCAGGUCUGGGAGGGUCUACUUACAUUGGCCUUCUUCCCCAUAUGCGUUCUCCUUGCCUGGGUGGCAGACAGACGACUGCUCUUCUAUAAGUUCAUGCACAAGAAGUAUCGCACUGACAAACACAGGGGUGUCAUCAUCGAGACGGAGACUGAACGCUCCAAGGGGAUUGAGAUGGACGGGAAGAUGGUCAACUCUCACUUCAUGGAUGGAGGUGCGGCCAGCAAUCUGAUCGGUUUAAUUGAGAGCAAAGAGGUAGAUGAGUCCCGGCGAGACAUGAUCCGGAUCUUGAAAGAUCUGAAGCAGAAGCACCCAGAGAAAGAGUUGGAUCAACUGGUUGAGAUGGCCAACUACUAUGCUCUCUCGCACCAGCAAAAGAGCCGUGCCUUCUACCGCAUCCAAGCCACACGCAUGAUGACAGGCGCUGGAAAUAUCCUGAAGAAACACGUCUCGGAACAGGCGAAGAAGAGCGCCAGCGUGCAGGAGGUGCAUGUGGAAGAGCCAGAAGAAUACGUGUCUCGGAUCACUUUUGAGCCUGCUGUCUACCAGUGUCUCGAGAACUGUGGUGCCGCCAUUCUGACCAUCACCAGAAAGGGUGGCGACAUCAACAAGACGAUCUACGUGGAUUAUAAGACAGAGGACGGCUCGGCUAAUGCUGGGGCCGACUACGAGUUCACAGAGGGUACAGUAGUGUUCAAACCAGGAGAGAUGAUCAAGGAAAUAAGCAUUGGCAUCAUAGACGAUGAUAUCUUUGAAGAGGACGAGCACUUUUUUGUGCGCCUCAGUAAUUUGCGUGUUCUGGAGACUGAGGACGAGGUGUUGUCCCCCAACAGUCUCCCGUACCCAAAGGCCAUGCUGGGCUUCCCCACAGUGGCCACUGUGACCAUUCUAGAUGAUGAUCAUUCGGGCAUCUUCACCUUUGAGAGCAACUCAGUGCAUGUCAGUGAGAGCAUCGGUAUUAUGGAGGUGAAAGUGCUGAGGACUUCUGGAGCAAGGGGGACGGUCAUUGUGCCUUUUCGCACCACGGAGGGGCUCGCCAAAGGAGGAGGAGAGGACUUUGAAGACACCUACGGAGAGCUUGAGUUCAAAAACGAUGAGACGUGCAAACUUAUUCACGUGAAAAUUAUUGACGAUGAGGAGUAUGAGAAAAACAAGAACUUCUUCCUGGAGCUGGCCGAGCCGCGCAUGGUAGACAUGAGUCUGCAGAAAGGUGCAGUACUGAACCUUUUUCUUUCCCUCACCAUCUGUGAUGAGGAGCUGGAAGAGCAGAAGCUGACAUCAGACGAGGAGGAAGCCAAGCGGAUCGCAGAGAUGGGAAAACCGGUGCUGGGGGAACACUCCAAGCUGGAAGUCAUUAUUGAGGAAUCAUAUGAGUUUAAGAGCACGGUGGACAAGCUGAUCAAGAAGACCAACCUGGCACUGGUGGUGGGAACAAACUCCUGGAGGGACCAGUUCAUGGAGGCCAUUACAGUCAGCGCAGGAGAUGAGGACGAAGAGGACACAGGGGAAGAACGGCUGCCAUCCUGUUUCGACUACGUCAUGCACUUCCUCACCGUCUUCUGGAAGGUCCUGUUCGCUUGCGUCCCUCCCACGGACUACCUGAACGGCUGGGCCUGUUUCACCGUCUCCAUCAUCAUCAUUGGCCUGCUCACGGCCGUCAUCGGCGACCUGGCGUCUCACUUCGGCUGCACCAUUGGCCUCAAGGACUCGGUCACUGCUGUGGUGUUUGUGGCACUCGGUACAUCUGUCCCAGACACUUUUGCCAGUAAGGUAGCAGCAGUCCAGGACACCUACGCAGACGCCUCCAUCGGGAAUGUGACCGGCAGCAACGCCGUCAACGUCUUCCUGGGAAUCGGCAUGGCCUGGUCGGUGGCGGCCAUCUACUGGCACAUGAAAGGGAAGCCGUUCGUGGUGGAAGCCGGCUCGCUGGCCUUCUCUGUCACUCUCUUCACCAUCUUCGCCUUCCUGGCCAUCUCGGUGCUGCUUUACCGGCGCCGGGCCCACAUCGGAGGAGAACUGGGCGGGCCCCGGGGACACAGACUGGCCACAUCAGCCUUCCUUUUCAGCCUCUGGUUCCUUUACAUCCUCUUCUCCAGUCUGGAGGCCUACUGUCAUAUAGAGGGCUUCUAA